GGACAGUCACCGAACUUAUCAAUCGACGCGUUCGUAGUUUUGUAUUACUACCGCACUGAAUAUAAUAAUACGCAGUCACUACUUCCGGGUCACAGGGCGCACUAGCCGGUUUCCGGGGAAGUUAAGCGACGCUAAUUUAGUCUUUCAGCAGCAGAACUAGAUAAACUGAACACUGACUAGCUAGAACAGUGAAUGUGCAAUUCUUAUGUAACCGUAUUAAGAAAAAAACCCCCACUGGAACAGGGAAUAUGGCACACAUUACCAUAAAUCAGUAUUUGCAACAGGUGCAGGAAGCAAUUGACUCUAAAGAUGGCUUUAACUGUGCAGACCUAGUUUCAUUCAAACACCCUCAUGUUGCAAAUGCUCGACUACAGUUGUUAUCACCAGAGGAAAAGUGUCAGCAGGUACUGGAACCGCCUUAUGACGAAAUGUUUGCAGCUCACUUACGGUGCAUUAAUGCAGCGUCCAACCAUGACUUUGUCGAGGCAUAUAAAUAUCAAACACUUGUUGUGCAAUCUUUUCUGAAAAGCUUUCAAGCUCAUAAAGAAGAAAACUGGGCCUUGCCCAUUAUGUACAGCAUCACUCUUGACUUGCGGAUAUUUGCUAACAAUGCUGACCAGCAGCUAGUGAAGAAGGGAAAAGGCAAAGUGGGAGAUAUGCUUGAAAAAGCUGCUGAAAUUCUGAUGAGUUGUUUCAGAGUAUGCGCAAGUGAUACUCGUGCUGCUUUUGAGGACUCCAAAAAAUGGGGAAUGUUAUUUCUUGUGAAUCAGCUUUUCAAGAUAUAUUUCAAGAUCAGCAAGCUCCACUUAUGCAAACCUCUAAUCAGAGCAAUCGACAGUUCCAAUUUUAAGGAGGAAUACACAAUGGCACAGAGGGUCACAUUCAAGUAUUAUGUUGGUCGGAAAUCCAUGUUUGACAGUGAUUUCAAGAAAGCGGAGGAGUAUUUAUCGUUUGCCUUUGAGCAUUGUCACAGAUCCAGCCAAAAAAACAAGCGAAUGAUCCUAAUCUACUUAUUACCAGUGAAAAUGUUAUUGGGUCAUAUGCCAACAAUUCAUCUGCUGAAAAAAUAUGAUUUGAUGCAGUUUGCAGAAGUAACAAAGGCUGUGAGUGAAGGCAACCUGCUGUUACUGACCGAGGCUUUGACCAAGCAUGAGACCUUCUUUAUUCGUUGUGGUAUUUUCCUGAUAUUGGAGAAGCUGAAGAUUAUCAGCUAUAGAAACCUCUUUAAAAAAGUGUACCUUCUACUGAAAACUCACCAACUGUCUUUGGAUGCAUUUUUGGUUGCACUAAAGUUUAUGGAAGUGGGAGACGUGGAUAUUGACGAAGUACAAUGUAUUAUAGCUAAUCUUAUUUAUAUGGGUCACAUUAAAGGCUAUAUAUCUCAUCAGCAUCAAAAGCUCGUGGUCAGCAAGCAAAAUCCUUUCCCACCAUUGUCCACAGUCUGCUAGGACCUGCUUUUUUUUUUUUAAGAUGAAUGUGGGAGAACGGACAUUCUUGUGACUGUUAUUUCAGACAUCAAUUUCCCAUUUAUAACAGAAACAAUGUAAUUUUAUACAAACUACUACCUAAAAAACAGUCAAGGGAUGUAUUUUUAAAAGGAAUCAGACCUUAUAAAGGACAUGCUUUACUCUUUGUAACACUUUUUAUAAGCUCCUCGUUUUUGUAACGCUGAAUAAUGUCCCACAAUGAUCUCUAAAGAUUUGUCAUUCCAGUGGCAUGAUAUGAUCUAUAUGCUUUAUCUCCCUGUAUUUCCAGGGUAGGGUUAAGAGGGGUGUUUUUGCCUAGAUUGUACAUUAUUUUUCCUGUGUAUAGAUUCUUCACCCGAAUAAAGAUUUUUUUUUUGUAUUAA